AGAAGCAGGAGCAACAGCAGCAGGAGCAGCAGCAGGAGCAGCAACUGAGCCACCAAGUGGGUCCUCAGCUGAUCCAUUUGAUACGCUUAACAACAAUGACAUUGGCAGCCACGAGGAGCGGGAAUCGGCUGCUGGCCAGGCGCAGGCAAAGGGUCUGAAGCGACGCUCUUUGCUCAAUUUCAAAUCCUUCGACUUUCACAUCAAGACGCUGUACAGUGGACUGCGUGCGGGCGCACCGGCGAGCGCUGGCCACAAAUCCGAGUCCGGCUCGCAGUCGCAGUCGCGCUCAUCCUCGUUGGGCGUGGGUCUGGCUGCGCCAGGUGGCGCUGCGAACAGGCGCAUACCGCCGCAUCUGCGCAUCGAGGGCGUCGAUGCGGAUGAGGAGCAGGCGCAGGAGUCGAUGAAAUUAUUGCUCGAUUAUUCGCAGUCACCGUUUACGCCGCGACGCAACUCCAGCACCCAGCUGCUGCACAGCGGCUCGCCGGCACUUUCGAGCACCUUGUCGCCCUACUAUCUGUCGCCAUACAUGAUAGCUGGCGGCGGCGGCGGCGGAGCAGCGUCCUCCACGGCAGUCGCCGACGACAGCAGUUCGGGCAACAUACGCCGCUCCUCGACCUCCGAUAUUGUUGGCUGCCGACGUCGCGGCUCGCCGAGCGCCAACAGCAGUCGCCGGCCGAGCACCUCGGAUUUGUUGCGACGGGCACGCGAACGGCGCGGCAGCGGGGCGCGCAUGGGUCGCAGCGUUUCGCACAGUGCGAUGCGCGGCGGCGGACCAAGCGGCGGCGGCGUCGGCGGCGGGCCCAGCUGCAUGGGCGGCAGGCGCACUAGCAUGGCGUUCUAGAUAAGUAGUAUACAAGGAACGCUGCAAAUUGAUUUCAAAUCAGCUGACAAAUGGCGCUUAUGAAUUUUUACUAAUUACACACGUAGAAUCAACAACAGAAACCAAACCUUCAAGAAUAAAAAACAAAUAUAAAAAAAAUUAAAAAAAAAAAA